GCUGGAGUAUCCACCUUUGGCAUGGGCAACCUUUUGCAAACCUGGAGGAGAAUUGCUGGAAAUAGAGGAACAGCAUUCAAACCUUCCUUACUAAGAAGAUCCAAGGUGUGAGAAGGAUAGCUGCUUUAGCCCAGCAGACAUGCCUUUUGGGCUGAAAUUGCGAAGGACUCGACGCUAUAAUGUCCGGAGCAAGAACUGUUUCAUGACCCGGAUUCGACUGUUGGACAACAGUGUGAUUGAGUGCACAUUGUCUGUGGAGAGCACUGGGCAAGAAUGCUUGGAGGCUGUGGCUCAGAGGUUGGAAUUACCAGAGACACACUAUUUUGGCCUUUGGUUUCACAACAAGAGCCAGCAAGUGCGAUGGGUGGAACUGGAGAAACCUUUGAAAAAGCAGCUGGACAAGUUUGCCAGCGAAUCUUUGCUUUUCUUUGGGGUCAUGUUUUAUGUGCCCAGCGUUGCCCUCCUGCAGCAUGAAGUCACAAGGUACCAGUACUAUCUUCAAGUAAAAAAAGAUGUUAUUGAUGGACGAUUGCGAUCUUCAUUUGAACAAGGGAUAAGGUUGGCAGCACUGGGCGUUCAAGCCACAUUGGCAGCUCAAGUUGGCUUUGGAGACUACCCUCAUUUUGAAUCUCACGAUCUCCGGCAGUAUGUUUUGUUUCCUAUGGACUUGAUUCAAAAUGAAGCAAUUUUGGAGGAAUUGAUUCAGAAGGUAGUCCAGGAACACAAAAAUCACAGCAGCCUUUCUGCAGCAGAAGCAGAAUUGCUUUACAUCAGGGAAGUGGAACGAUUAGAUGGAUUUGGGCAGGAAAGUUUUCCUGUGAAGGACAAUCAAGGAAAUGACUUGCAUCUUGGAAUUUUCUACAUGGGGAUUUUUCUAAAGAACCCAAUGGGAAGAUCCACAAUGAGCUACAGGUGGAAUGAUAUUGGAAAUAUAACACACAACAAGUCUUCCAUUGUUGUAGAAUUGGUUAACAAAGAAGAAACUGUGCUGUUUCAUACGGAUGACCUUGAAAAUGCCAAGUACAUUUCACGGCUCUUUGCUGCGAAGCACAAGUUUUACAAACAAAACAAAAUCUGCACAGAACAAUCAAAUUCUCCUCCCCCUAUCAGACGGCGGCCCACAUGGAGUAGAUCAUCUUUGCCAAGGCAGCACCCAUUUAUUAUGCCUCCUGUGCAUGUCCAAUGUGGAGAACACUACACUGAAACUCACAAUUCACAAGAUAGCAUUUUUCAUGGAAAUGAAGACAUGUUUUACUAUAGAUCUCAGACUAGCUUGGACAGAUGUGCAAUGGACUUCAGCUAUUUGAAUGGCAGUGUCCCAAAUGGCAGUGUGUGCAGUGCCCAAAGUAUGAACUCUCUCAACCAUUCACAGAACUUCAUUCAAGCUUCUCCAGUGUCCUCCAACCUAAGUAUCCCUGGAAGUGACAUUAUGAGAGCAGAUUACAUACCAAGCCAUAGACAUAGUGCAAUAAUUGUACCUUCAUAUAGGCCUACUCCGGAUUAUGACACUGUAAUGAGGCAAAUGAAGAGAGGAGUGAUUCACACCGAUAGCCAAAGCCAGUCUUUGAGGAACCUCAAUAUUGGGAAUACUCAUGUUUACAGCCAACCCACAGACCUUGUGUACAGUCAACCAGAAAUUCAAGAGAGACCUUCUUAUACCAUUGCAUAUGGGCCUCAAGGCACUUACAAAAAACAUGUGACUCCUCCUGAGCAAGUGAAUCCCAUGAAUGCUUUGCAGGCAAAACCGACAGCUAGUGCCAUUUCCCAUACAGUUAGCACUCCGGAGCUGGCCAAUAUGCAGCUUCCCAACAAUCAAAGAUGUGGCCCUGCACACAUACUGAAGAAUUAUCUUUUCAGGCCACCACCACCCUAUCCACGUCCACGUCCUGCUACCAGUACACCUGACCUAGCAAGUCACCGCCACAAGUAUGUCACUGGCAGUAGUCCUGACCUGGUGCCUCGGAAAGUGCAGCUUUCAGUGAAGACUUUUCAAGAAGAUAGUGCUCCCGUUGUCCAUCAGUCACUACAGGAAGUUAGUGAACCUCUUAUGGCAGCCAAACAUCAUGCAGCCAUCAACAAACGCCACAGUUUGGAAGUGAUAAGUAAUAUGGUGCGUGGAAUGGAAGCUAUGGCUUUAAAAAGCCUAAAUGCUCCCUUGCCACGCAGAAAUACCCUACGCAAUGAGAUGCAGCCAGAGGAAGUGGUGCAAAGAGGGCAUGAGGUUCAGCAGGUCCCUCAUUACCAUCACAAAAAGACCUUCUCAGAUGCUACAAUGCUGAUCCACAGCAGUGAAAGUGAAGAUGAGGAAGAAGCAUCAGAAUCUGUGCCUUCCAUGGCGGCCCUACAUGAAAAUGUGGAGUACAGCGCCCAGUUGCAAGCUGCCUUGGCUCGAAUACCUAACAAACCUCCUCCUGAGUAUCCUGGUCCCAGGAAAAGUGUGAGCAAUGGAGCUCUGCGGAAUGACCAGAUGAAUAAUGUUCCGCUGGCUGUGUCUCGAGCCAAGGUGAUGAGGCCGGGACCAGCCAGGACAAUUAGCACAUCUCGGACUGAUCAGAGCAUGAUGAAUGGAUCUUCCCUUGGCCCCUCCAUCUCUGAGCCAGACCUCACAAGUGUCAAGGAACGGGUCAAGAAAGAGCCGGUGAAGGAGAGGCCUGUGUCUGAAAUGUUCUCCAUUGAGGACAGUAUCAUAGAAAGGGAAAUGAGGUAUCUAGAGAAACAGAAGAUGGCAGGCCUGGAAGCCCAGAAGAGGCCCUUGAUGUUGGCAGCACUCAAUGGACUCUCAGUUGCUCGAGUUCCAGUGCCUGAGGAUAGCCAAGACGAAGGAGCCAAGGUGCCAAUGGAUGAGCGGUGCAAAACCUUGAGGAGGAAACUGGAAGAGGGGAUGGUGUUCACCGAAUAUGAGCAGAUUCCAAAGAAGAAGGCAGAUGGAAUUUUCACCACUGCCAUUCUCCCUGAGAACAUUGAGCGUAAUCGUGUCAGAGAAGUCAUUCCAUACGAAGAGAACCGAGUGGAGCUGGUACCCACCAAAGAAAACAAUACAGGCUACAUCAAUGCAUCACACAUAAAGGUGACAGUAGGUGGAGAAGAAUGGCACUAUAUAGCUACACAAGGACCGUUGCCACAAACAUGCCAUGAUUUCUGGCAAAUGGUGUGGGAGGAAGGAGUCAAUGUGAUAGCCAUGGUGACAGCAGAAGAGGAAAGAGGAAGAACCAAAAGCCAUCGUUAUUGGCCAAAACUUGGCUCAAAACAUAGCUCAGCCACUUAUGGAAAAUUCAAAGUGACCACCAAAUUCCGGACUGUUUCUGGUUGCUAUGCUACAACAGGUUUGAAGGUCAAACACCUAUUGUUAGGACAGGAGAAGACUGUGUGGCAUUUACAGUACACCAACUGGCCAGAUCAUGCUUGUCCAGGAGAGCAAGACUUCCUUUCCUAUUUGGAAGAGAUCCAGUCGGUGCGCCGUCAUACCAACAGCAUUCUGGACAGCAGUAAUAAUAGUAACCCUCCAAUUGUUGUGCACUGUAGUGCUGGAGUAGGGAGGACAGGUGUGGUUAUUUUGACAGAACUUAUGAUUGGUUGCUUGGAACACAAUGAGAAAGUAGAUGUUCCAGUGAUGCUUCAACAUCUGAGGGAACAGAGAAUGUUCAUGAUCCAAACUAUCGCACAGUAUAAAUUUGUCUACCAAGUCCUCAUCUUAUUUCUACAAAAUUCCAGGCUCAUUUAACAUCUUCAAAAGAGACACAGCAUCUUUUCAUUCAGUUUAUUUAGACAGCCAUUUUG